GUCAUGAUGUAUCAAUGCUGUUUAAUUGUUCUAAUGAUAGCACACUGUGUAUCAUCAACGGGUCAACCAGACCAAGAAUAUCAACUCACCCUUCCUUCAAAUACCGAUGACAUUCAAAACACCAGCCAGAUUGAAUCGCACUUUGGCAGCACUGGCCGGAUAGAGAGCAAUUUUGGUGACAAUGACUCUGGCAUUGCAUCGUUGAACGAACAGGAUGUCUACGACGAAAAUGAUACAUCAGAAAAUGACGAAAGCGACACGGGCGACGAUCGGCCGGUGACAGUGGAAGAAAACAGGUACGAUGCAGAUGACAACAGCAACGGCAUUAUUCACGACAACCCCGUACGGAUAAUGUCCCCAUCGAAUGGUGGCAUGCCUGCAUCUACAUCCGUACACGUUAGCGUUCAAACGGAAUUGAAUGACCUAGAAGCUGUCGAGGAUACAUUAGAAUCAGACGGUUCAAAACGUUUUCUGCACCACCAUUAUCAAAACCCUAGGGAACCCCGGAAGCAACUGCAACUCACAGAAGGCACAGUUGUUCAGCUACCUUCGUCGAUGUUGGGUCUGACCACUAACGCCGACAGUAGGGGCUCUUUUGCUACAACAGACCUAUCAGGACUCACCGUAUCAGCGGAAGAUGUGUCACAGGAGCAACACAUCACUAAUCUAUCUUUAUCCACCCAACGAACAAUACGAAGGCCAACGUCUAGUGUGCAAUUCGCGGUAAUGGUACAUAAUGUAGAAGACGGCAGUAAGCCCAUGAGAAUGGAGGUAGCCACUCACUCUCAUAACGACCCACCCAAAUCGAUACAGAAGCAUUCCCCAACACAGCAAUCGAUAUCAGAUGCAUCAAGAAGAAACAAUCCCAUCAGCAUUUCAAAUUUCCACUCCAUCGCAUCCAACGAUACGCUAACGACCGCUACAGCAUCAAGCCUGCAUCGCCAUCGAACUAUUAAUUCAAUGAAUCUUAAUCCAACUACUCCGGCAAUGGUGGUGAAACCGGUAGGCGAGCAUCGCAAGUUACUGAAAAGUACCGGUCCCAUCCUAAACUAUGUAUUCGACCAUCAUCCUCCUUACUACAAAUCAACUUAUUACAAUACUAGGUACGGGCCGCACUUUGAAACUGAUAACGUCACCAACAUCACGGUACAGAACGGUGAUACCCUUUUUUUAAGUUGUAGAAUAAGUUUGCUGCAGGAUAAAACGGUAUCUUGGGUUCGGCGAAAAAGCGGCGACACAGCUUUGCAGCUGCUAACCGUCGGAAAACAGACUUACUCCGGUGAUUCCCGAUACCAAAUCGAGUUCCAAUAUCCCAACAACUGGCGUCUGAAGAUUUCACGAGCGAACAAGAAUGAUGAAGGGGUGUACGAGUGUCAGAUAUCGACACAUCCUCCCAAAGUUAUUAUUUACUACCUGUAUGUUAACGCACCCGAAGUGGCCAUCGUGGACGAAGAAGGUGCCCCACUAUACGAUAAGUACUAUGAGGUUGGCUCGACGAUAAAGCUGAUGUGCAAAAUCCGACACAUCUCGAUGUUACGGUCAGUCGUUUACUGGAUACACAACGAAAACAUUCUCAACCACGAUACAACGAGAGGCGGCAUCAGUGUAAAAACGAAUUUAACAAGUAUAGGAGCCAAUUCUACACUCUUCGUAGCGAAGGUCAAUCGGCAAGACUCCGGCAGCUAUACGUGUUCGAUAGGACCAAAUCAACACUAUUCCAUCUCCGUGCAUGUGCUCAACGGCACCGCCAAUCCGUUCGGAAUCUAUCAGCGAUCGUGUGCCUUUCCAAUUAUUCUACAAGCUGUGGAUCUAUGGCUUGUUAUCAGGAGUCUGUUUUUCCUGGUGCUCAAACUAUCCGUUGGAAGAUAAUAGUCGGCUUUAUCGUAGUAAAACAGGGUAUCGAACCCCCUACCCAUGAUGGUCCCAAUUCUUUAACCUGUCCAUGUACAUGUGUAUGUGAUGCACUCUUAGAACUUUCAAAUAUGCACCGAAGCAAAACAUACUAUUUAAACAACCAAUGCAUCCACCCGUAGGGCUAGGAUAAUUUACACGAAACUGUCGAGUGCAUUAAAACAGAUUAUUUGAAAUAGUUUGUAGAGCAAUGGGUUGACUGUUCAUGUGUUUUUGUUCAUGGUUCCUGGUUUUUGUAAAUGAUUCUGUUUCUGUGUUAGAACAUGUUAAUAUAAUAAUAAUACAACUGAAAAGAACAAAAAAGCUGAUGACGUUACCAUAAUUUUCAUUACAUAUCAUGGAGGCAUGCGAUCAUAAGACUUGUUAAUCCUUCAUGGUAAAGCUGUAAUCAGCUCUACACUGAUGAAAAAUGUUGCAUCAGUUAAACAAUUUGAUGUACUUAAAUACGACAUUCUACACAAUUUCUAGCGUUAGUAAAAAAAUAGCAGAUAUAUGACGAGAGAUAGCAACUACGAAAAUUGUUAUAAAAAUAUCCUACCCAUUGUAAAUUUGCUUACCAAAUUUGAUACUUUUAUACAAAUUUAUGUUGCAUCUUCGGAAAGGUGAUCCGCAGAAUUCGAAUUGCAUAAAAAACAACAUCGAUAACUAAGAAAUAAUAGGAAUAUAUUUUAAACCUAGAUACCACAUACUGAAACAGAUACACAUGCAAACAAACACGACAUAUACACAUACAUACUUACCCCCGUAAAAGAAUAGCGUGCUUACCGAAACUCUAUAAACGAUAUGUCAUGCUGGAGAAGGAUAACCAAUGAAAACAUAUACUAGUCAUAUUUUUAUGGGAAACAGGAAAGUAAAGUAAUACCAAACAGCCAAACCAAACAUUGCAAUAACAAACAACACUACUUAAAGUAAUAACCACUUUCCACCCUAGCCGACUGUAAACAGGAACAGACAUAUAAAUGGGAGUUGGUAAGCAGGAGGGUAAGCAUGCUGUGUAUAUAGUAUGUUAAAAUAGUUAUACCAAUGUUUUUUUUUAUUGACAAAAUUUAACAUACAUUCGUUUCACAAUUGUACGUAAAGUGAUUAUUGCAGAUUGCAGAUGAGAAUAUAUCGGUCAUAUAGUCCGUCGAUGCAUGCUAACUUUUUGACGAUAAUCGUCAAAUAUGAACUAACAACAAAAUACAUGUACAUUAAAUUCAAAUUAACAACGAUAGAUAAACUAGGAAAUUCAAACUGACAUGAGAUGUAAGCAUGUGAUUUGAAACAUGAGAAAUAACGUAAUUUGUUUGCAAACGCAAGAGCGGCAUAUGAUGGAAAAAUGAACGUGAAAGGU